AUGAAGCUACCAUCGAAUUUGGUAGUUUGCGUGGCCGUGGUAGUAGUGUGCACCGUGCGUGCCGAAAAUAUUCUUUUCCUGCAAACCACACCCUCCAAAAGUCAUCACAUCUGGAACAAGCAGAUAUUCGAGCGUUUGUAUGAAAAUGGGCACAAUCUUACUAUUUUAUCAUUCGAAAAAGAAACCUCCGUGCCCGGCAAAACAUUCCUGGUGAUGGAACAGUUCUACGUGAAGAUGAUGGCGGCUUUUGCGGACGGCGGUUUGGCAGACUUUUACAGCUAUGAACAUGCGUUCGGCAACAUAAUGAAUGUGUAUCAGUAUUACACGGUGGCAAGUCAGAUACUGGAGGACGAGGAAGCUAUCAAGCAGUUGCUCGCAUAUCCAACAACGUUCCGUUUCGACCUAGUGAUACACGACUUCACGAUGGGUCAGUUUUUGCUCGGGUUUCUGGAACACUUUAACAACCCACCACUAAUUUCUAUCUCGCCGUUCAACAUACCAUCGUACACCCAAUACCUGGCAGACAUACCGCUCUAUACAACUUACCUGCCCCAUCCAGCAUCCAACUUCGAUUCGAAGAUGAGCUUUAUUGAGCGGGUCAAGAACACGAUCUACUGGUGGUUCGAUAUGCUCUACCGGCAACAGGUAUUCAUGCCCAAAGAACAAGAGCGAAUGAAGCGCGUUUUCGAAGGCACCAUUAUGCCACACGUGAAACUGCUUGAAAGGCGAUCAGAGCUGGUGCUAGUUAACAGUGAUCCCGCUCUCGAUUUUUAUCAGUUACUGCCACCGAACGUAAUUCAAGUGGGCGGAUUGCAUAUUAAACGAGCAGAUGAGAUGCCGCCGAUGAUGCAACAAUUCAUUGCACGUGCUAACAAAGGUGUGGUGCUGUUCAGUUUCGGAACAAACGUACAGAGCGAAAUGUUGGGCCCGGAAGUGAACCGGCAACUGCUGGAGCUGUUCCGCAGCAUGCCCGACUAUGGGUUCAUCUGGAAGCACGCCAAUGCGGACAAGCUGAUCAUGCCGCCGAACGUGCUAAUGACUGCGUGGGUUCCACAGUCGGCCGUACUGGCGCACAGCCGCACCAAGCUGUUGAUUAGUCAUGGUGGACUGCUAAGCUUGCAGGAAGCAGCCUGGAACGGGGUCCCCGUUAUUGGUGUGCCCUUCUUUGCAGACCAGUUUUCGAACGUGCGCCGUAUCGAGCAGGCAGGUAUCGGUAUAGGCAUACCGUCCAAUAAGAUGAACGCAGACACACUGAAAGCAGCGAUCGAUAAGAUAUUGGUUGAUGCCAGCUAUCGGCAACGUGGCAAGGAGCUGUCCUAUGUUUUCCGUACCCAACCUGAAACUCCGCUAGAUCGUGCCAUUUUCUGGAUCGAAAAAGUGAUCGCUAACAAGGGUUUGCGGUAUCUGCGUUCCCCGACGCGCAAUAUGGCACCGUAUCAAGUGUAUGGCCUAGACAUGGUCGUCGUUCUACUGUUGAUCGUGCUAGGGUACUAUCUUAUCUUUAAGCGUCACUCGAAACCCGUCGGUGGAACAGAAACGAAAAACAAAACCGAAUAG